CCACGCCGCUAAAUGGGCGUGGCUUGUUGAAACAGCCGGCGAGGGGUAGGGCUCGAGUCGAGCGUUCGUUUGGUGCUUGAUGGGGGAGACAACCAGAAACUGGGCAUCAUGAGAGUCACUGAAACGCUGGUUUGGGCUGCUUUUUUCAUACACAAGGUGAUAGGAGAGUAUGGCAUGGCCCAUUUCAGUGACAAGAGCAAAGGAAAGGAUUACUGCAUAUUCUUCAACUCACAGUGGGCACGUCUACCUCAGGACCUCAAUAAGGAUAUAUUUUCACGUCUCCAGAUCUAUGACCUGACAACAUCAGUCCUGUGCUCGCCCACCGAGGUCCCAGAGGGAGGCUUCCCAAAUUGUAUCCCCAUGGUGAUGAGAGGCAACUGCAGGUUUUAUGAAAAGGUCCGAUUGGCCCAGAUUAAUGGCGCCAAGGGCCUGCUCAUUGUCAGCAAGGACAGACUGAUACCACCACUAGGAAACAAGACCGAGUAUGAGGAGAUUGACAUUCCUGUAGCACUGCUCAGCUAUUCUGAUAUGCUGGACAUCAGCAAGACCUUUGAUAAAGGAAGACUAGUUGCCAUGUAUGCACCCAAUGAGCCGGUGUUGGACUACAACAUGGUGAUCAUCUUCUUAAUGGCAGUAGGAACGGUUGCCAUUGGAGGUUACUGGGCUGGCAGCAGAGACAGCAAGAAACGCUACAUGAAGCACAAGCGGGACGACAGUGCAGAGAAGCAGGAUGAAGAGACAGUGGACGUCACCCCCAUCAUGAUCUUGGUGUUCGUUGUCAUGUGCUGCAGCAUGCUGGUGCUACUCUACUUUUACUAUGACCGCUUGGCCAUUUGGGUCAUUGCCAUCUUCUGUGUGGCUUCCUCUGUCGGACUCUACAGCUGUCUCUGGCCUUUUGUCAGGAGGCUUCCUUUCUGCAAGUGCAGGAUCCCAGAGAACAACCUGCCAUACUUUAACAAGCAGCCACAGAUCCGCAUGUUGCUGCUGUCAGCCCUGUGCAUCGGAGUCAGCAUCACCUGGAUGGUGUUUCGCAAUGAAGACCAGUGGGCGUGGGUGUUGCAGGACGCCCUGGGGAUCGCCUUCUGUCUCUACAUGCUGAAAACAGUCAGACUGCCCACAUUCAAGGGUUGCACUUUACUGCUGACGGUACUUUUUGUCUAUGACGUUUUCUUCGUAUUUAUAACACCCUUACUUACAAAGAGUGGGAAAAGUAUAAUGGUGGAGGUAGCGGCUGGUCCCUCUGACUCCUCCCCACAUGAAAAGCUCCCCAUGGUGCUCAAAGUGCCCAGGUUAAACUUCUCUCCAAUGGCUCUGUGUGAUCGGCCCUUCUCCCUCCUGGGCUUCGGUGAUAUCUUGGUACCAGGUCUGCUGGUGGCCUAUUGUAAUAGGUUUGACAUUUUAACACAGUCCUCCAGGAUCUACUUUGUGGCCUGUACUAUUGCGUACGGUAUCGGCCUGCUGAUCACCUUCGUGGCCCUGGCCGUGAUGCAGAGGGGCCAGCCAGCCUUGCUCUACCUGGUGCCUUGCACUCUGCUCACUAGCCUUGUUGUAGCGCUGUGUCGAAGGGAGCUGCCCCAGUUCUGGACUGGAAGUGGAUUUGUGCCUCCCAUAGUGCUUGCACCGAUCAACUGUACACAAACUGCAGCGCCACAAACGGAGGGACCCUCGACUAAAUUGGAGCCAGAAACCACAGAAGCCACCAGUCAGAGUGAAGAUUGGCCCCAGCACCCGCCUCAGGAAACACUUCAGGCUGAGAAAGACGAGGAUGAAAAUAAAUCUAAUUGAAAGGACUUUUAGUACGGUAUUUUCCAUUUCACUUCAUGUUUUGUUUGGUGCCAAGUUCUUUUCUACAUUGUCUCAGUCAAUGGACAUUAUAAUUACAGAUUUUUUUUUUUUUUUUUGCAUUUAGUGCAAAGAGAAGCGCACAGAUGUGUGUGUGUGUGUGUGUGUUCUAAAUGGCUGGCUCAGCAGGGUACCAGGAACACAUGAAGCAUUGAAACUAACAAAUACACCCAACGUAAUGCAGAGUCUGUGCCACUUGUAAAAGGGAAUGAGAAGGCAAAUCCACUCAAGCUUUUGAACACCAAGUAAUCACAUUACACUCAGUUGAGACUUUCAAAGGCCUGGUCACACCGCUGCUUAAAGCUGCAAAAUGAGUUAAUCAAUUAGCAGGCAGCUACAAGUUGGAUCAACCAAUUGGCAAGCAGAAUGUGUAGCUCCACGCAACAUGUAAUUAGAUUUGGGGAGGUGUGCACCUUGGCCCGUCUGACCUAUAUUUACCCAGAAACCACCUUCACUGCCUACACUCAGUUCUGGACAAGUAUAAAUGGUGCUUUUGCAGUUUGCUUCAUUCAUUUUAGUUAGCCUCCUCAGAGUAUAACACGUUCCAUAAAAGAAGAAUGAUUUGCAGACGGUUAGUUAUAGCUGCAUUAGAUGACAGAAAAUAGCUUUAGUAGUUUUUAUUCCCCCAGCAGAAAUGCCAAAAAUUUGCAUGUCAAAUGUGAGGAUUUGAAGCUAUUCUAUCAUAUCAAAGUAAACAAAUCUUUUACAUAGGUGAACUAAACAUGUAAAAGAGGUCAGCUUGGGCUGUAGCAAUAUCUCUAUAACCAGCAAUAAAGGUUUACAGUUUACACUGAGCUACUCUGGUCUGACGGCGAGUCCAUCCAGACCCAGCCCACACCUCGUAUUAGGAAUGCAAUGAUACAAUGUAAUGAAGUUUGAGUCCUGCUAAAAAAAAAAAAAAAAGUUUUAUACUCAAACUGUUAGCUUUGUAGAAUAGAGUAUUUGGAGAUCGUCACAAUCGUUUCUCUGUUUGACAUCGUUGUCACGGCAACAUUGACAGUAGGGGAGUGUAUGACGUUUAAUGUCAACAAGUGACAGAGCUCACGGCACUCAUUCAAAAUUAGUGAGUUAGCUAGCAGCUAACAGGCAUUCACGUUCUGUCCUGGGGGCACGAGAAAGCGAGUCUUUGGCAUCCUGUGUCAGUAUCAUUAUGUCACCAGUGUGGUAAUGAUGUCAAUAUCCAAAUGUGCAAAGAAAAGAAGGUUUGGCCAAGAAAACUGAGUUUUAAAAGAUGAGUGGACAGAGAAAUGUGCCCCAAUCCAGCACAAGGCCCUUGAAUGGUAACACUAACAAAUUAAAUGUCGUACAAAUCAGAACAAAAUACUACACAGGGGUAAACUGCAAAAUGGAAAGACACUUGGAGAUCAGCUGUGACAGACUAAUGCUAGUACAGUGUGUUUUGAGCUGGCUAGUGUGUUAGUGGUUAGCUUGUCAAUUAGCUGUGCAAUUUGUGCCACUUUCUGGUGUGACUGGCCUUUAAGAGUCUCAAUAUUCUGUCAAGGCUCCGAUUCAAGUGUCCUAAAAGUGGAGAAGCUUUCAAGCACUUAAUUCAGAGUACACCGAGGCCUGUGUUUCCAAAAGCACACAAAGAGCCAUACUAGUAGAGAUGUCCCGAUCCAAUACAUAUUGGUGCUGAUCUGGCCAUAUUUAAUAAGAAGUUUUUGUUUUUUUUAAUUGUCAUUGUGACACGUACAAUGGAAUUAUGUUUGGAGCCGAGGGCCCCGGGCCACUGCGUGCAUACGUGCCGCCAUCAUAUUUCACAGGAUUGGUCAAAAUAAAGCUGAUCUAAUUCUGAUCUUUAUUUAGAACUAAACUAUGCACUAUGUGCAUAAAAUGCUUCGCAGAAUCCGCCAAACAAUGAAAGCUCACUAGUUACAACCAGAAUUCUGUGAAAUGGAGAAAUACAUCAAGCAAAAAGUUAACUCAUUGAUCCGUUUCAUCAACGCUACUGAACAUGGUAGUUCUUUUAAAGUGUCAUUUCUAUUUGCUGGGUUUUACCAUGGGUUGGAUGGCCUGUAGUCUGUAUACAUGCAGGGGCAGUUCUGAGACUGUUGUCCAACUCGGUUAUUCUUUUAUUCGUAUCAGUAAUUUAAUAAUGUCUAUUUUGGAACCACGACUCGAUCAUAUAUUUGGAUCGAGAAGCUCCUGAAAAAUAAAGUGCCAGAUUAAUUUUGAUAUGUUGGAUAUUUAAUGUAGCUAAAUAAGUGUCAGCUCAGAAUCAGCAAAUACUUACUAUUAAAGUAAUCGGAUCAGUAUUGGGGCCAAAACACUGGAUCGGGACAUCUCCAGAUAUUGGUCAUCUUUAUCCCACUGUUAGAUUAUAAAUUACACUAGUGUCACAGGAUUUCAUACCCUUUAAAAUGUGAUGCUGAUUUGGUUGCUGACUGAGCCAAAGCCACUAGAUUUUUAUUUUUAAUCAAAUAAUCUGUUGAUGCGUUUAUCAUCCUUUUGGAUUUUUUAAAAACAUUUUUUUAUUUUGCAUGUUAUGAUUUUGAUAAACCCAGUGUUUAAAGUGUACAAUGUCUAAAGUGCAGACAUUGUAUACAUUAUUGGUGGCACUACAUUUUAAAAACUUUCCCCCCUGUGUAGUUAGUCUUGUCCUAAAUAGCUUUGGCCUUACAGUGAUCAUGUUGGGAGGUACUAUAGAAUGUGUCACGUGCAAAAGUUGCUUAAUGAACAACACUAGUACUGUACUCGGAAUGAUUAUGUGCUGCAGUUUAAUGUGCAAGCUGAGGAGCGAGUGAUGGGUUGUGUUGCAGUGUUUCUAGAUUAGUUUGUAUGAUGUAUUUGCACAGUAUCUUAAUUCAUGGGCCGACAAAUGGUUGGUUCAUGUCUGUAUAUAUUAAUGUAUACUCAUAAGGGUUUAAAGAAAUAUUAAUGCUGCUUUUGUUUUGCAAGUUCAUAUCACCAGAGCCAAGCUGUCACUUCACUCUGUACACCAGUAGGGGCAUAUUUCUGAUUCUCAUUUAAGUUCUGUAUAAAACUUGAGGUAGAAAUAACUGAAUCAGAGUGUGAAUGAGCAGCUUGGCUGUUUGGAUGUGUGCCCUUGCUGAUUCAGUUGCACAGUGUUUUUCUAGGACAAGAUUAUUGGGGGGUGUAAUGAUUCUCCAAAUCCACAGUUCAUUUCAGAUUUCUGAGCCACGGGGGGAAUACUAAGAGGAAUAAUACUAACUUUAAAUAGAGUAAGAUUACUAUGUUAUGGUGCAGGGUCAGGUUGCUUAGGGGUUUGUUGGAGGGUUGGGGGUUGCGCUUCGUUUGGUAUCGCAGUUUGUGUACUGUAUCAAGGUUUUGGGUUUCAGUUCAGAAUCAUUACACCCCAACAGACUAUUCAUGUGCCAGUAAAGUUUGUCACCAAGUGGUUUUUAAUGCCUCUGUCGAGGAAUACAUAUAAUAAAAAAAAAACCAAUGUACUGGAUUUUUGGUGCCUGCCUUUGGUUGUUGCAUAAUUUUAAAAUUAGAAGUCUAGUUUGCAGGUAUGAUUGUUUGAACAGCCUAGAGAGAGUUCAACAGCUUCACUCAGGAUGCCGACUGCGCUAGUACUUGGAUAUGUUGACGUCUAACAUAAAUCAGCCUCUUGCAGGGUUUUUGAGUGUGAAUACAUCUUUUCAUCGUGGCCCUCCAGCUGUGAAAAGGCCCUCUGCUGCUCAGGCUCUG